UUAUUGUCAUUUCACCUUUUUCCAACGACUACAUAAACAGGAGCCCGCUUUCUCAGCUUUCGUAUACUUUAACGCAUUUCACUUCACAGAUCGGUUUUUCUCUCUAUUUCUAUAGUUUUUGGAAAUCAGACGGUGCGAGCUUAGAGGGAGGUAUUCCAAAGCUGCCCGAGAAAUUCCAUUCAAUAUUACCGUGAUGAAUUGAGUCCUGAAACAGAGGGGAAAAUGGUGAAGAUUUGCUGUAUUGGCGCUGGUUAUGUUGGAGGCCCAACCAUGGCUGUAAUUGCACUUAAAUGCCCUAAAAUUGAAGUCGUCGUCGUCGACAUUUCUGUUCCUCGUAUCAAUGCCUGGAAUAGCGAUCAGCUCCCCAUUUAUGAGCCAGGCCUUGAGGAUGUUGUGAAGCAGUGCAGGGGCAAUAACCUCUUCUUCAGUACAGAUGUGGAGAAACAUGUCGCUGAGGCUGAUAUUGUCUUUGUUUCAGUUAAUACUCCCACCAAAACUCGGGGUCUAGGAGCAGGUAAAGCUGCAGAUUUGACAUACUGGGAAAGUGCAGCUCGCAUGAUUGCUGAUGUGUCAAAAUCUGACAAAAUUGUGGUCGAGAAAUCGACUGUUCCAGUCAAAACAGCUGAGGCAAUAGAGAAAAUUUUGACCCACAACAGCAACGGAAUCAACUUUCAGAUUCUCUCGAACCCAGAAUUUCUUGCUGAGGGAACUGCAAUUAAAGAUCUAUUCAACCCUGACAGGGUUCUCAUUGGAGGUAGGGAAACCCCGGAAGGUCUAGAGGCAGUUAAAGCAUUGAAGGAUGUUUAUGCCCACUGGGUCCCUGAGGAUCGCAUACUCACCACAAAUUUAUGGUCCGCAGAGCUCUCAAAGCUUGCUGCCAACGCAUUCUUGGCUCAGAGAAUCUCAUCGGUCAAUGCAAUGUCUGCUCUUUGUGAAGCUACUGGUGCUGAUGUGUCACAAGUGUCACACGCUGUUGGUACAGACACAAGAAUUGGUCCCAAGUUCCUUAAUUCUAGUGUUGGCUUUGGUGGAUCUUGCUUUCAGAAGGACAUUCUUAACUUGGUUUACAUUUGCGAGUGCAAUGGUCUUCCUGAGGUUGCAGAAUACUGGAAACAAGUAAUCAAGAUUAAUGACUAUCAGAAGAAUCGUUUUGUCAACCGUGUUGUUGCCUCUAUGUUCAACACGGUUGCUAACAAGAAAGUUGCCAUCCUUGGAUUUGCCUUCAAAAAGGAUACUGGCGAUACCAGAGAAACCCCUGCUAUUGACGUUUGCAAGGGACUCUUGGGGGACAAGGCCCGAUUGAGCAUUUACGAUCCUCAGGUUGCUGAGGACCAGAUCCAGAGGGACCUCACUAUGAAGAAGUUUGAUUGGGACCAUCCCCUUCAUCUUCAGCCGAUGAGCCCCACCACGGUGAAGCAAGUUAGUAUUGUUUGGGAUGCCUACGAGGCAACUAAAGAUGCACAUGCUGUUUGUAUUCUCACCGAGUGGGAUGAGUUCAAAACUCUUGAUUUCCAGAAGAUGUAUGACAACAUGCAGAAACCAGCCUUCAUUUUUGAUGGACGCAACAUUAUCAAUCCGGCUAAACUAAGGGAAAUUGGAUUUAUCGUGUACUCAAUUGGCAAGCCACUGGAUGCUUGGCUCAAGGACAUGCCGGCUGUUGCAUGAACACCUCUCUUUGAUUGAACGUGGUUCGGGUUAGGAUCAAAGAGUAUAGUUAUGAGGCACAUGCUGGAUUUACUAUUUUUUUUUUUUAUCAGUUUUUUUUAUUUUUCUUAUAUUCCCACUUAUAGUCUGAAGAUCCCUGAAUAUGGUCUAAAUUCAGGAGCAUAAUGUUUUCUCCGUUCAGCUAGUCCUCUCUGAGGACCCGGUUUGGUUUUUUGUUGGUUUAUACAUCGGUGAAUUUUGGAAAUUAUUUUUCUUGUUAGUUUAUAAAUGUACUCUAGUGUUCUUGAACCUAA